AUGGAUGGCGGGAGGGAGGAAACGGCGCCAAUUUUGGUGCCCGCUGCUGCCGCAGCAACAGCAGCGCCGCCGGCCCAGGAGCAGGCGCAACUGCCGCCCGCCGCCUCAGCAACACCAGCGCCGCCUGCCCAGGCGGAACUGCCGCCCGCCGCCGCCCCAACACCAGCGCCGCCUGCCCAGGCGGAACUGCCGCCCGCCGCCGCCCCAACACCAGCGCCACCUGCCCAGGCGCAACUGCCGCCCGCCGCCGCCCCAACACCAGCGCCGCCUGCCCAGGCGGAACUGCCGCCCGCCGCCGCCCCAACACCAGCGCCGCCUGCCCAGGCGGAACUGCCGCCCGCCGCCGCCCCAACACCAGCGCCGCCUGCCCAGGCGGAACUGCCGCCCGCCGCCGCCCCAACACCAGCGCCGCCUGCCCAGGCGGAACUGCCGCCCGCCGCCGCCCCAACACCAGCGCCGCCUGCCCAGGCGGAACUGCCGCCCGCCGCCGCCCCAACACCAGCGCCGCCUGCCCAGGCGGAACUGCCGCCCGCCGCCGCCCCAACACCAGCGCCGCCUGCCCAGGAAGUGGCAUCAUCAUGCAAGCAACUUCUGGAUGAUGCUCUGGCAUUUAGGUAG